AUGGAGCGAGUGCGGAGCGAGCCCCUGGCGCCGUGCGGGGCCCCGCCGGGCGGAGCGGCUGCGGCGCCGUCUCGGGCCGAGCGGCCCAGGGGUCGGCGCCACUCGGCCCACGUCGCCCGCUUCACCGGGGAGCCGGCGAGCCUCUGCGCCUUCGCCGUGCUGGGCACCGCUCGCCCCCCCAGCCUCUACGGCGAGCACCACCAACAGCAGCAGCACCACCAGCACCACCAGCAGCACCAGCAGCGGCGCAGCUACGGCAGCACCGGCAGCGGCUUGCCUUCGCCGGCUCUCGAGUGCGGCUACCCGAGCCCCACGCCCGCCGGGCACGAGUCCGAACCGGCACCGCCGCCGCCGCCUCCGCCGCCGCUUCUGGGCAGCCCCCGCGGCAGCGUCACCAGCAGCAGCGGUGGCUGCGGCGGCGGCGGCAGCAGCAGCAACCGCACCAGCGGCAUCAGCAUGGGCUACGACACACGCUUCCCAAGCGCGCGCUCCUCGCUCGCGAGCAGCGCCUGCUCGCAACUCGCGAGCCCUCGCUCCAGCUACACCGAGCAGCAGCAGCAGCAGCAGCAGCUGCAGCAGCAGCAGCAGCUGCAGCUCGUGCAGCAGGUGCAGCAGUUGCAGAGCCGCUACGGGGCCGGCCUGGACGCCGAGAUGACGCCGAGCCCGCGCGAGAGCGGCAGCUUCGCUCAGCCGCUGCACCAGCAGCUGCUCCUGCAGCAGAAGCACCAGCUGGUGCAGCAGCAGCAACAGCAGCAGCACCGCGGGACUCCUCCGCUGGCGCAGCAGCAGCAGCAGCAGCUUCAGCAUCACCAGCAUCAUCAACAGCAGCAGCAUCAGCAGCAUCACCAGCAUCAUCAUCACCAGCAUCAUCAUCAGCAGCAGCAGCAGGAGGAGCCGCCACCGCCGCUGCCAGCUAAGAGCUACGCACCGCGGGCAUGGGAUGCAGUAGCGGGGAGAGUGGCCCUGCCUCCUCCUCAACUUCACCACCCUCAAGCUCCCCACCCUCAAGCUCCCCACCCUCAAGCUCCCCACCCUCAAGCUCCCCACCCUCAACCUCACCACCCGGCCCCUCUGGGCACCGCCCGGCCACUGCAGCCGGUCCGCUCGGCCCCCAGCGCGGCCCAGACGUCCACGCGCCUGCCGUGCCUGGCGCUCGACACGGCCGCUGAGAGGCGAAGGCCGUCGAGGGCGCACGUGGAGGAGGAGGAGGGGAGGAGGAGGAGCGAUGAUGUAGACGCUCGAGGAGGUGGUGGUGGUGGAGGAGGUGGUGGUGGUGGUGGUGGGGGUUGCAGCAGCGCGGAGGUGAAGCUGGAGGCACUGACGCUGAGGUUGGAGCAGGAGCUGGAGACGCGGUGCAAGGCCGAGUACUUUGGCAUGUGCGUCAAGUGUAACGCGGGGGUGUACGGUGCGGGUCAAGCAUGCCAGGCCAUGGACGGACUCUACCACACCUCCUGCUUCACCUGCUUCUCGUGCGGACGUGCUCUGCGAGGGAAGGCGUUUUACAGCGUGCACGGCCGGGCGUACUGCGAGGAGGACUACCUGUACUCGGGCUUCCAGCAGUCGGCGGAGAAGUGCUUUGUGUGCGGACACCUCGUCAUGGAGAUGAUCCUACAGGCGCUGGGUCGGGCCUACCACCCGGGAUGUUUCCGCUGCGUCGUGUGCAACGAGUGCCUGGACGGCGUUCCCUUCACCGUCGACGUCGCCAACAAGAUCUACUGCGUGCGGGACUACCACCGGGCCUUCGCCCCUAAGUGUGCGGCCUGCGGCGGGCCCAUCCUCCCCGCUCAGGGCACGGAGGAGACGAUCCGGGUGGUGUCCAUGGACAGAGACUACCACGUGGAGUGCUACCACUGCGAGGACUGCGGGCUGCCACUCAACGACGGCUCCACCCGGCGCUGCUACCCCCUGGCGGGACACCUCCUGUGCCACCCGUGCCACGUGCGGCGCUUGCAGCAGCAGCAGCAGCUGGUGGUGGUGGUGCCGGGCACCGCCGACAGCACCGCACGGCUCGCGCCGAGACUCCACCUUCCCGCCACCGAGUUCUGAAGUCCCGCAGCGACCGUUCACGAAGAUCCACCACCCCCUACCCCACAACCCCCUACCCCACAACCCCUACCCCACCACCCCCUACCCCACCACCCCGGCCGCCGCCCGGCCGUGCAGAAUUGCAGAGCCACGAGCGCCGGUUUAGGCCACAACGGCUCGGUAUCAAACCCUGGCUGGAUGUCAGACCCUGGCUGGGUGUCGGACCCUGGCUGGGAAUCGAACCCCGUUUUGCUGGGUUUGUGUCGCUGUGCGUGUGAACCACUGCAUCACACUACUGCUGGCAGCGCACACACAGGCACGCGUAGAUAGACGCGCUCACUCGCAGCUACAACACAAAGACAAAGAUCCCCCGUGUAGUCUUAAACAGACAUAUUGGGUCCAAGUGCCUGUUAGCGAGCAGCAGCUAUUAAGGCCGGGCACGGCGCACAAGGGGAUGGUGUGGCCAGCACCACGUGCGCCCAGUGCGCCGACGUUUACACGCGACAGCGUCCGCUCAUUUAAAGGCCGAGUCGACCUAGGGGAGGCCCAGAACCGGUUCAGAUAAUCAUGACCGGUGUUGGCCGUCAGCGCGAAUCGAACUCCGGUUCGUAGCGCAGUGCGCUAACCGCUGCGCCACCGCUCCUUACACGCACAAAGCAAAGAUCGCCCGUAUAGCCUUAAUAGACCGUUGGGGGCAAGUGCUGUGAGCGAGCACACGCACACAAACACUCCUUCACGUUGGCCACCUCUUCUCCCCUACUUGCUGUCUGCCAAGUUGCUUACGCAGCUCCAGGCAAGAGCAAAUCCACGUAGCGAUGAACGUUCCUCGUACAUUCCGUAGAACCUUAUUGUUAUUAUAAUACGUGUAUAAUUAUUAUUAUCGUCGUCGUCGUCGUCGCUGUUGUAAUUAUUAUCAAGCCCGCGCGACGUGGCAGCACUAUCGUUGACAUGAAGCACUUAAUCCACCCCACCCACCCAUCCACCAUCAUCACCCCUCUCACCUCUCCCUCCUACGUCCUCACUCCGUCCUGUGACUCCCAUCUUCACCACGUGAGGGUGGGGGGGUUGAAUGGGGGGGGGGGGCGGCUGACGUUUGAUUUAAGUAACGGCGCAAAUUAUUUUUCUCGAAGUCCGAUUCUUACGCUCUCGAUAUGUGCACAGAAUUGUAGUUAGCGUCUCGGUGGCUAGGAGAUAUUAACUGCCUCGCCUGGUACGCAGGAGGUCGUGGGUUCGAUCCCGACCCUGACACCUGCUGUAUAUUUGGAGAUUCUCUCUUUCCCUGUGGUUAGCGUGGAUUUUUCUUCGGGUCCUCUGGUGUUUCCCUCCACAUUUAGAAUCAAUUUAUUUGGCCGGUAUAUAUUUUCACGUGAUGAUAACAAGCCACUUCGUUGAGCUAUCAUUUGGCUUCUGCAAAAGACCUAUGUGGCUCAGUGGGGUGUUACCUGUUAAAAUAAAAAAAAUGUAAUAGUUUAGAAUAGAUUCCCAUCCAUGAAAAUUAUACCACAGCCUCACGUUUACACCAAUUUUGCCACAGUUGAUACAUUUAUCGCAAAAAUUAUUCGCAGCGUCGACCCCCUGCCCCGCCCCCGUUGCUGCGAGCACCCAGUGCCGCACAGGGACAGCUGCCACCGGGGACGUCCCCGUUUCGUGGCUAGACCGCAGCAGGGCAUCGGAAUGGUCGGGGGUUUGAGGGAGGGACGAUGGAGUCGCGGAGGCGUCCAAGGAAGCGCCGCUGCUCCGUGUCGUCCCCUUUGACCCUUCGGACCGGGGCGAACUGACGCUCGCACAAAAUGGGACGGGACGAAAUGGGAAACGCUGACAAACGAGACGGUGAAAAGUGAACGCAAAAGAAUCGCUUCUUGAAUCAAAUGGCGCCUCCCCGCCCCGCCCCCAAAUUGUGACCGUUUAUCCCAGGUCUAGUAUUUUAUAUAUAUUUUUUUAUAUAUACACAAGGCUCUUAUUUGUAAUGGCACCUACUGAAGCAGAGCUGUUAAGGCGAGGGAACGCGAACAAAGGGGGGGGGGGGUUGCGGUCGGCGGGCAGAGCGCCCUUGCGUUGGCGCUGCCGUGCGGCGCUCUUUAACGAGCCGCUGCGUUGUGACGUCACGCGCAGGCUCGGCCAAUGAGCGCACGCGCAACCCCCCCCCCCCGCGAGCCCAGGCCAAUCGCCUUCUUCCAUUGGCUGGGUUGUGACUCGGCCCACCUAAAAACGACGCUCAUUCGGAGGCGGCUCCGCGAACCCGUUGGCUGCUGUUGUACGACGGUGCGCUCUGGGAUGCUGCUCACAGAGGGCCGUUCAAGAGACGACAAAACAAAUGCGCUCCGGAGCGCUGCGUGCUGCCCUUCGAACGCAGCCUGGGUAAGAUCGAAGGCCAUGGUAUGCGAAAGUGCAAUGUUAGCGCAAUGGCGGCAACAAUGGUUGCUGUGGCGAAUUUUGUUUUGUAAUUAACAUUUUUUUUUAAGUCUAAAGUUGCCCAAAUCUGGACCAAUGCGAUAGCUGCUGCCCACCCCCUCGAGUAGACAAAUGGGAAUGUCAGGUUCCAAUGUCACUGCGGUGGUGCCAAACCAUCGAUCGCACCAUCCAACAACUGCCCCCCCCGCCUCUGCGCGCCACCGCCUCACGGGCAACAUCACUGACGGCCCAACCAAACCACAAUAAAAGUUUUUUGGGUUAGAUGGAGUAAAUAUAAACGUGUUGCUAAACCCGCCACCACUCGACACAGCCAAUUAGCAAGGUUUGUCACGUAAACAAAACAUGCCAAUUCGUUUCUAGUAAAGCACACCGGUGUUUUGGAGGGGCAAAACCCACCUGUUCAAUUCGAGUACAACCACCGACAGAGGCUACUGAAGGGCUUCAUGACCUCGAAAUCCACACUUCAAACGAUGCCAGGUUUCACACUGGCACACGAAACGAGCAGCUUCCAAUCAGAACCACAGGUGGAGAGGUCACGUGACUGCCCAAAGGUAGUCGACCAACCGCCGCUCAAUACAGAGUUUGCAACAAAGCUGCUCAUUGGCCGCUCUGCAACGGAGGCCCUGUGUGAACCAACCUGGUCAAUACCGCGUGCAGGUGUAUUAACCGUGACCCCCACCGCACGCCCGUCCGCGUCACGUUGGACGUCAAAAGACGCCCGUGACGUUUCGAAAGAGAGGAGAUCACGUGUGCCCACAAUCGGGAUCCAAUUUUUGGAAGAAGAAGAAACAAAAAAUUGACCCGCAAAAUUAAUUCCGGUAGUAAAAAAAAAACGCAUCUUUACUCACCAAGUGAGACCCAGCAGCGCCUUCGUGAUUGCCUUGCGCCACGAGGAUGCUGCAAUCAACGGCAGACCGCGCUUGCGAUUCGACGUCGCAGCAUCAGCCGUUCCAACCCGGGUCGCCCCGCAGUAAAUGCGUUGCCGGUGACGGCGGGCGCCAGCCUUUGCCCGCCUUGGCGUGCGGGGGAGUGCGUGCGUGGCUGGGGCGCGUGAGCGCGCGGGUUUGCGCGUGCCAGCGAGCGAGAGCGAGAGAGAGUGAGAGAGGGACGCCGAGGGGGCCCAGCUGAGCGUGCUCGUCCACGGCUGGGUUUGCCGAACGCGUUCGCUGUGUUUACGGAGCCCGCCGCGCUCGGUCACGGAGAUGUAUCGCGCGACUGGUCGCGACCGAUCAUUGCAAACCAGUAAAGUAUUUAUCUGUUUGUUUUUUGGUACCUUG